CUCCUCCCCGCUUUCGAGUAAAUAUUAUGCUCCCGCCUCUCGAGCGAACCGAGUCUCGAAGAGGCUAGAUUGGUUGCCUAGACACGGAGAAUGGCCGGAAUGGCUUCAAAAGAAUUAAAACUAACCUUAGAGGAUGAAAAUAUGGUUUUCAUAGGCGGCUUGAAAACCCUUCUGCCACAUGCUGUCAGGAGUCUAAUUCGAACAAAUAAGCUCAGCAUUAGCAAUACUUCUGGAAUGGCAGAAGGAUUUAAACAGGCAAACGUUGUGAUUCUUCACAAAUCUCUUGCGGAUGACUUUGAAAAAUUUUGCCAAGCAAAUGAUGGUCCACUUCCACUGUUGUAUAGAAGUAAACCAGGGGAAUGGAAAUGCCAGUCCCUGAGCAGUGAUGCUGAUAUUAGAACUGACUGUCUGCAGUACAAGAAAUACGAGAAUGGCGCAUGUACAGGCACUCUGACAAGUCUGAAGGAGUUUUCUGAGCAGCUUAAAGACAUGGUGACCUUCUACUUGGGCUGUAGCUUCACGUUUGAAAAGGAGAUCCAGAAAGUUGGCAUUCCUGUAAGAAAUGUCGAACAGAAACUUAAUGUUAGCAUGUACAAGACUGCUGUGCCUUGCUGGGAUACAGAACAUUUUCACUGUGACCUAGUAGCAACCAUGAGACCUAUUCCUAAAGACAAAUUGGAAGCAGUUGUGCGAACAACCUAUCCGAUGAAAAAAUCACAUGGAGCACCAAUUCACAUUGGUAACCCUGGUUUGUUAGGAAUCCAAGACCUUUCCAAUCCAGACUAUGGCGAUGCAGUACAGGCUCAGCCUGGGGAUAUUCCAGUCUUUUGGGCCUGUGGGGUUACAGGUGCAGAAGCAGUCAGCAAUUGCAAGUCUCCGCUUGCUUUUACCCAUGCUCCGGGUUGCAUGUUUAUUACUGACCUGAAAGUUGAGGAUGCCGCAGCGGGUGAUGGUAAAGAUGUCCCUGAAGUCUAUCGCAUUUGUCAGAAUCCUUUGCAUUACAGCAUCACAUCAGCAGCGGCUGUGCAAAAAAUCAGAUGUCUGGAAGACAUGGUAGGAGUAGACCCAGGGGACAGAGGUGUGACUCAUCUGCUUACUCAAGAUGAACUCCUGAAGGCAUGCCUGUCCAUUUCCCAUGCCCAGUCUGUGCUGAUUACUACGGGAUUCCCUACCCACUUCAAGUAUGAGCCGCCUGAAGAGAACGAUGGGCCUCCAGGGGCUAUUGCAAUGGCAGCUAUGUUGAAGGCCUUGGGAAAGAAUGUAGCUAUCGUAACUGAUCAAAGAGCUCUGAAUCUGAAUGAAAAGAUCAUCAAGGAAGCCGUUGAACAAGGGAUACUGGAGACACCGGUCCCUAUAAUUAGCUAUCAGAGUGAUUCUGUGGAUUCAGCUUUGCUGUUUUUGUGCGAAGAUGGAAAUCCAGAAAAGCCUAGAUUUAAUCACCUGAUAGCAAUUGAACGUACUGGGAUGGCUGCUGAUGGCAAUUAUUAUAAUGCAAGAAAAAUUAAUAUUAAGCAUUUAGUGGAUCCCAUUGAUGAACUAUUUCUAGCUGCACAAAAUAUCCCAGGAAUUACUACAACAGGCAUUGGGGAUGGAGGAAAUGAACUGGGAAUGGGGAAAGUGAAAGAAGCUGUAAAGAAGUACAUUAAAAAUGGAGAUGUUAUAGCUUGUAAUGUGGACGCUGAUUUUACAGUUGUUGCAGGGGUUUCCAACUGGGGAGGCUAUGCUGUCGCUUGCGCCCUGUAUAUCCUCAACACCUGUGAAAUACAUGACCGCUAUCUGAGGAAAGCUGUGGGAUUUCCUAGGUCAUCUGCCAAAGUGAAAUGGACAUCAGCACUCCCAUCUGUGGCCAAGGAAGAAAAGUUGCUGAACAUAUUACAGCGACUCGAAGUACGCAGUGGGAAAACUGCUAGUCUGGCAAUGGAAGUAGAUGGGCUGCCAUUCUAUGACAUUCAUUCAGCUAUGCUUGAGAAGCUGCUGGAGGAAACUAUGAAGUAACUCUACCCAACAAGAUGUUGAUUUUUAUUUUAUUUCUAAUAGUGAUAUAUAAAUAUUUUAAUAAAUAUAAAUAAAUAAAGAUAUAUAGACUUUGCGAAAUGAAGAAUUCUGAUAAAACAGAUGACCUUCUUGGGGGUCCCUUCCAACUCUAUAAUUCUAUGAUUCUGUUCAGCUAUCUAUUUUUCUCUGCAUUUCAGAGUGAUAAAGCAAACACACUCGCCUCAUUCAGACAUAAUGCUGAACACAGUUUAGCAUUAUGUCCAAACCCAAACAUACUGUGUUAAGUCCGAACUAUGAAACUAGCCAACUUCAAAUCCUGGUUUAUUAAGCUGGUUUGUUUCAAUAGAACCUAGUUAAGGUUGAGCAUAGCUUAGGCUUCCAAUGUGAUGCCAAAACGGAGACAGAAGCUUCUGAUCUCCUCUUCCUUGUAUCUGUGCUAGAGGCAAGGAAUGGGGAAAACACAGGCUCAGUGCUCAGUAGGGAUGGAGGAUAAAUUCAAUUCAGUUCACAGUAAGAGGAAAACUUACUGAAUUCGCACUGUCCACAGCAGUAUGCAGAUCAAAACACAGCCAUCCUUCAAAAUUUGCCCUUCUCUGAAUUUUGCAAUGCAGUUUCUUAACCAAGUAAUAUGUACAAAAAUACAUGUAAUAGGGUGACGUGUGCAUUCUGUAUAUUGGUGAUAACAGCACAGAAAAAUGCAUUUUCAUACGGAAAAGUGCAUUUUAUGAUAAAUUUGCACUAAAAUGCUGGUGAAUUUUCAUGAGGACACUUAGAAAAAAUCUCAAGCUGAUGCAGAAAUGUGGAGAACUGAAUUUAAGAUUGGAAAAAUGAGACAGCGUUUAAAUAUCAAAAUUUGUGGAAAUGUUUCUUAGUGGUCUGUAUCUAUGGAUAUUGGGCAGUCUAGGCCCUCCAAUGUUGCUGGUUUGUUUAUCCUUGUGGAAUGUUUAGUCUAGUAGAAAUAUCACUGCCAUCUUCAACAGAUGUUUGCCCUGACCCAGAAUUUUUUCUUAGUGAUGAUAUAGUCAUUACUUUAAAAGUUGCUUCAUUUGCCUUAAUGGUUGCUACAAGUCAGACAUUUGUUUAUUUUUUAAAGAUGAAUGUGAUCUCUUACCAUGAAUUUACAAUAAAUUAAUCUUACAAUGAAUUAUUGCCACAAUGUUUGUUGUUUCCAGCACAAUCUUGUUUAUGUUGCUACAAUCUUUUCCUUAAUAUACUGUACAGUAAUACCUCGGGUUACGAACACGAUCCGUUCCGAGUCGCAGUUUGUAACCCGAAAAGUUCGUAACCCAAACGCAACCCGAACCGCCAUUUUGCGCAUGCGCAAAGCGCUAUUUUUGCGCACGCGCAAAGCGUGUGUGCCGCUUCUGCGCAUGCGCGGGACGUGCGUGCGGUAAAAAAUACUUCCGGGUUUACGGAGUUCGUAACCCGAAUUGUUCGCAACCCGAGGUGGUCGUAACCCGAGGUACGACUGUAAAUGCAAACAGGCCAUUCAGAAUGACAGUGAAUUUCUAUGCAGAUGGGGAAAUAUUUUUACCAAAACAUCCCCAAGGCCGCUAUUGUUUCUCAUUGUGUCUCUAUUUUGAAGUGUCACACCCUUGGCCCAUUAGAGAAGCAGCCAGUGUGUCCCUAUGUCUAUUUGAGGUGUUCCUGAUAUUUCCUUAAAGAGAAUUAUUAUUGUAAUAAUAUUGGGAAGAGGAAAGUGUAUUCCUGAGCAUUAGGAAUGCACUUCGGUACUGAACCUUUUUCUGGACAACUACAGCUGUCCAUGGAGGCAAAGGUUAAUUCUGUGUCCAGGGCACCUGUCUAUCAGCUCCAUCUGGUACGCAGGCUGAGACCCUACCUGCCUGCAGACUGUCUCGCCAGAGUGGUGCAUGCUCUGGUUAUCUCCCGCUUGGACUACUGCAAUGCGCUCUAUGUGGGGCUACCUUUGAAGGUGACCUGGAAACUGCAAUUAAUCCAGAA